AACCGGUGACUCGAACCAAAAAUCGGUUUGGGCGGUUAAAACCGGGGAAUGGCCAAAAACCCUCUGAAUCUCUCAGCACCCGACCAAAGCCACGUCUAUUCCCAUCCGAAGCUGCUGUCGUCGACAUUCAGCUUGACACGACCAGAAACCGGAGCCCUCCACGGCGGCUCCACAUCAUCGUCCUUCUCUGAUUUUCACCUCGCGGCUGGCCACUCUUCUCCUGCACCCGUCGCCAGCUAAACUGCAGGACAUUCACGGUUUCACAGGUCCGUUCCAUUCACGCUUCGAUGGCAAAUGACAAUGGUGCUUCCACUAUGGAAAUUGAAGAACUAAAUUCAAAUCAUGCCGAUCAGAUCAACAAUCCCAAAUUCUCUAUCAAUGUGUUGCAGCUGCUGAAAUCCGCUCAGUUGCAGCAUGGGUUGCGCUUUCGUGACUAUACUAGAUACAGGAGGUAUUGCACUGCCCGGUUGCGGCGAUUGUACAAAUCACUGAAGUUCACCCACGGACGUGGGAAGUAUACAAAACGUACAAUUACAGCAGCCACAGUCACUGAAGUGAGGUUUCUUCACUUGGCUCUUUACACCGCUGAGAGAGCUUGGAGUCAUGCUAUGGAAAAGAAAACUUUGCCUGAUGGUCCAAAUGCGCGUCAGCGGAGCUACCUCAUCGGUAGGUUGAGAAAAGCAGUUAAAUGGGCUACACUAUUCCAGGAAUUGUGUGCCACCAAAGGAGACUCUAGGACUUCUUUGGAAGCAGAGGCGUAUGCUGCAUAUAUGAAAGGGAAUCUCUUGUUUGAACAAGAUAAGAACUGGGACAUUGCACUUAAAUGUUUCAAAAGUGCCAGGGCUGUUUAUGAAGAACUUGGGAAAUACGGAGAUCUAGAGAACCAAGUUUUAUGCCGUGAGCAUGUUGAGCAACUAGAACCAAGUAUACGCUAUUGUUUGCACAAGAUUGGCGAGUCUAAUUUGCAGGCUUCUGAGCUUGUACACAUAGGCGAAAUGGAAGGGCCUGCCCUUGACCUUUUCAAAACCAAAUUAGAGGCUGCUAUGGCUGAGGCUAGAGCUCAGCAGGCUGCAUCCAUGACAGAGUUCAACUGGCUUGGUCAUACAUUCCCAAUAUCAAACCCCAAAACAAGGCUAUCUAUACUAAAAGCUCAGGAAUUAGAGAAAGAAAUUCAUGGCCCAUCAGGCGAUUCUCUUCCAGUAGAAAAGAGACUUGGUGUGUUUGACAAGAUAUUUGCAGCAUAUCAUGAAGCCAGAAGCAGCAUUCGCGGCGAUUUGGUUACUGCAGCUAAUUCUGAAAAUGUGAAAGAUGAGUUAAGCGGCCUUGAUAAAGCCAUUGGUGCCAUUUUAGGACAGAGAACUAUUGAACGGAACCAAUUACUGGUUAGCAUAGCGAAAAGUAAGUUCAACAAGGCACGAGAUGAUACAAAUGAAAAAGUUACGAAGCCAGCAGAGCUCGUUCGGCUGUAUGAUCUUUUGUUACAGAACACUUCUGACCUUUCCGAUUUAGUAAGCUCUGGAAGAGACAGAAAAGCAGAAGAAGUGGCACUCGCUGAAGAAUGUGAAUUGAAGAGUAUGGUCUUCCGGGCUCACCGGUGCUUUUACUUGGCAAAAUCCUACAGUUUUGCUGGAAAGAGGACUGAAGCUUAUGCCUUGUUCUCUCGAGCUCGCUCUUUAGCUGAUGAUACAUUGAAGAAACUUUACAAUACGAGUAUUUAUGAUCAGCAGGUGAUAGUCAAUGAACUGAAAGUGUUAUCCAGUGAGAGUAGAUCCAAUGGCUGUAUAGAGCAUGCGAGAGGAAUUAUGGAGCUAGAGAAGGCUUCAGAAAAUCUCUCAAAAAACAUAUCAGCUAUUUCAUUAAGUGGAAAUGAGAAAAAGCUGGAGAAAUUUCUGAUGGAGAAAUUGGACUGUUAUGAAUCUGCGGUUGGCGAUUAUUCCAACAACAGGAAAGCAGCCCCCGCUCGCAUUGAAGUCUUUCCACCUGCCUUCCAGGCAGUGCCUUGCAACCCAAUUUUGUUGGAUCUGGCAGGAUAUGAUUUCAUUCAGUUCCCAUCACUUGACAGUAGGAU